AGUCGGGGUGGAAGUGCACCGACGAAGGGGCAGGGCGUGUCUCCCCAGCGCAGGGUGUGGCCAGUGGUCCAGAUGAUAAGCCUGAUGGCCAGUCACUGGUCCUUGACCGGUCGGCGCUAAAUCCCCACUGUCCACUGUGCGCAACGAACAGGUUGAGGGUGGACAACACAGAGAGAGCUCGGAGCGGGCUGCGGAGGUUCCCGCAACCCACAGCUGUCAGAGCCGGGCCGCGCCCCUCGCGGCUGCACUUCCUCUCUCAGUCCCCGCUGCCGCUGCUGGAGAGCCCCGCUAGGCUCGGUGAUCCUAGUGGCCUUCAGUCUGCUGCCUCUACGCCUCAGCUUCAGCCUGCGUGGUCCCAGCCAAGUCCGCUCCCCUGCGGGAUGAGGGCCUUGGCAUCUCCAUCACCAUAGAAGUUCCGGCUGUAAGGAGCAUCGUCCUCUCUCAGGAUGACUUCACCUUCCAGCCCCCCAGCUUUUAGGCUGGAGACAUCAGAUGGAGACCAAGAAGACAGUGCUGAAGUGAACCAAGGGAAGCAUGAGCCACCCCCCAUGGAGUCACCAUUCCAGGGCGAGGACCGGAAUUUCUCCCCUCAGAUCAAAGUGAAUCUCCACUACCGAAAGGGACUAGGUGUCAGCCAGCAGGACCCAAACCGGUUUGACCGCGACCGACUCUUCAGUGUGGUCUCCCGGGGUGUCCCUGAGGAGCUGGCUGGACUGUCAGAAUACCUGUGCCGGACCAGCAAGUACCUCACUGACUCAGCGUACACAGAGGGCUCCACGGGGAAGACGUGCCUGAUGAAGGCUGUGCUGAACCUUCAGGACGGGGUCAAUGCCUGCAUCCUGCCCCUGCUGCAGAUCGACAGGAAUUCUGGCAACCCUCAGCCCCUCGUCAACGCCCAGUGCACCGAUGACUUCUAUCGUGGCCACAGUGCGCUGCAUAUUGCCAUAGAGAAGAGGAGCCUGUCUUGCGUGAAGCUGCUCGUAGAAAACGGAGCAGAUGUGCAUGCCCGAGCCUGCGGCCGCUUCUUCCAAAAACACCAAGGAACUUGUUUCUAUUUUGGCGAGCUACCUCUGUCUCUGGCUGCAUGCACCAAGCAGUGGGAUGUGGUGACCUACCUCCUGGAGAACCCACACCAGCCUGCCAGCCUGGAGGCCACUGAUUCCCUAGGCAACACGGUCCUGCACGCGCUGGUCAUGAUUGCAGAUAACUCGCCUGAGAACAGCGCGCUGGUGAUUCACAUGUAUGACGGGCUUCUCCAAGUGGGGGUCCGCCUCUGCCCCACUAUGCAGCUGGAGGAUAUCUGCAACCACGAAGGCCUCACACCCCUGAAGCUAGCUGCCAAAGAAGGAAAAAUCGAGAUUUUCAGGCACAUUCUGCAGCGGGAGUUCUCAGGACUGUACCAGCCCCUUUCCAGAAAGUUCACUGAGUGGUGCUACGGUCCUGUCCGGGUUUCACUGUACGAUUUGUCCUCCGUGGACAGCUGGGAGAAGAACUCGGUGCUGGAAAUCAUUGCCUUUCACUGCAGGAGCCCGCACCGGCACCGCAUGGUGGUUUUAGAGCCCCUGAACAAGCUUCUGCAGGAGAAAUGGGAGCGGCUCAUCCCGAGAUUCUUCUUCAACUUCGCCUGUUACUUGGUCUACAUGUUCAUCUUCACCAUUGUUGCCUACCACCAACCUUCCCUGGAGAAGCCAGCUAUUCCCUCAUCAAAAGCGACUUUUGGGGAAUCCAUGCUGCUGCUGGGCCACAUCCUGAUUCUGCUUGGGGGUAUUUACCUCUUACUGGGCCAGCUGUGGUACUUCUGGCGCCGCCGUCUGUUCAUCUGGAUCUCAUUCAUCGACAGCUACUUUGAAAUCCUCUUCCUUGUCCAGGCUCUGCUCACCGUGCUGUCCCAGGUGCUGCGUUUCGUGGAGACUGAAUGGUACCUGCCCCUGCUAGUGUCGUCUCUGGUGCUGGGCUGGCUGAACCUGCUUUACUACACACGUGGCUUCCAGCACACAGGCAUCUACAGUGUCAUGAUCCAGAAGGUCAUUCUUCGCGACCUGCUCCGAUUCCUGCUGGUCUACUUAGUCUUCCUUUUCGGCUUCGCUGUAGCCCUAGUGAGCUUGAGCCGGGAAGCCCAAAGCCCUAAAGCCCCUGCCAGUAACAACACCACAGUGACAGCACAGCCCAUGGCGGGCCAGGAAGAGGAGGAGGUCCCUUAUGGGGGCAUUCUGGAUGCUUCACUGGAGCUCUUCAAGUUCACCAUCGGGAUGGGCGAGCUGGCCUUCCAGGAGCAGCUGCGCUUUCGCGGGGUGGUGCUGCUGUUACUGUUGGCCUAUGUGCUUCUCACCUAUGUUCUGCUGCUCAACAUGCUCAUCGCCCUCAUGAGUGAGACCGUCAACAGCGUUGCCACUGACAGCUGGAGCAUCUGGAAGCUGCAGAAAGCCAUCUCUGUCUUGGAGAUGGAGAACGGUUACUGGUGGUGCAGGAGGAAGAGGCAUCGCUCAGGGAGGUUGCUGAAAGUCGGCACCAGAUGGGACGGUGUCCCCGAUGAGCGCUGGUGCUUCAGGGUGGAGGAGGUGAACUGGGCUGCAUGGGAGAAGACACUCCCCACCUUGUCUGAGGAUCCGUCAGGGGCGAACAGCCCUGGUUAUGAAAAUAACCCAAGCUCUAAACCUGGGAAUAGCCACGCCACAGAGGAAGAUCACCUGCCCCUCCAGGUCCUCCAGUCCCACUGAUGGCCCAGAUGCGGCAGCAGGCUGGCACGGCAGAAUAGGGAACCCUUCCAGCCACCCCCACUAGCUCCGAGGCUUCUGAAUUUUGGUGGAAAUAUAAAUAUUUUUUUCAUAA